GAUUAGGAUGUCUUAUGUUAAUAGAUUUAUCAAGAAAUAAACCGACAGUGGGCUUUCAUUGCCAUAGCGUAACGUCUUUUCACCAUUUAUCCAUAAUGGCGGCCCGCGGACACUACGAGUAUGGAAAGAAAGCUGAAGAUUUUGUGCGUCGAUUUGAAGAGAUAAUACACCUUUUCGAAGAUCGCUUAUUGUCAGAGGUGCGAAACCAACUCACACUCACUAGACCUGAAUGCGAAGAGCUGAUGGAAGUAACAGCUUCGCAGCAUUGCAAAGCCUACAAUGUCAUCGGCAGCUUACCAUGGAGAGUGUGGAGAGAGCUGAUGAUUCAGCUAGAUCCAUUGCGCCCGUUAGAAGGUGACUUUCGUGACCUCGCCGGCCGAUUGGGCUUCCACGUGAAGAGAAUUUUAGAGUUCGAAUCCAUGCCGUAUCCAACUCAAGCUGUCCUAAAAGACUCUUGGAAUGUAACAAUAGAGGACCUUGUGGUUAAACUAGAAGAAAUUGGACGAGAAGAUGUGAAAGGAAUAAUGAUAAAGUGGCUUCGGGAAAAUUGCCAAUGUGCAACCUGCAGGGAUGAACAACCGGAUCAAUUCAUUAACUAAUUUCUUUUUAGUUAAAAUGUUGUUUUCUUUCGUAUUAUACUCAUAUAACAGGAAUUUAAAAAACAAAGCGCUCAGCGGUUGAGGAAAUGACGAACGGCUUGAUUAGUUGGACCGUAACUCUGACUGUCAUUCGUUGACGCCGCGGAUAUGUUUUUAAUGCUCGACGAAGGCCUUUUAAAGAACGCUAGAUACAGUUGUGUCUGAACAAGGCCAAAAUUUGAUGAAAUGGUUUUUACUCGGUUGGAUCAUUUUAAUCAAGAUUAAUCUUUUUGGCGUAGGGACAAGGAGGUUGAUAACUAUCUUCAUUAAAUGCUUUGUUUUUUCCUUUUCUCAAACAUAAACACCCUAGAAUACUUCGAACGUAGUUUACGAUACAGCCAAACCAAAUAGAUUUAUCCACCUGAGAAUACAUUUGAUGUAGACAUCCACUGAAUCCGCGGUUUUCUCUCAAGAGAGUACGCACAUAAUUGGUAUGAAGCUCUUGCCAGUGGUUUCGUUCAAAAGUCGAUCAAAACAGGGAAAAUCAUACGAGAAAAUAAUGAUGAUAACCAAGGUUUCAAUUUGCAUUGGGAGUCUUUCAUUAUGGUUGGCUUCGA